AUGGAGACAGUCUUGAGUGUCCUGGGCUUUGAGUGGAUGGACUACAGGAGUAUUUUGAUAUUUCUGUGUGUUUUUCUGUUGUUGGCUGAUGUUUGGAAGAACAGAGUACCGGCAAACUUUCCUCCUGGACCAAGGUCUCUUCCUUUCAUUGGUGACCUUCAUCACAUCGACUCCAGCAGAAUCCACCUGCAGUUCACCGAGUUUGCAGAGAAAUAUGGAAACAUUUUCAGCAUUAAUCUCUUUGGUGGAAGGGUCGUGGUGAUUAAUGGCUACAAGCAUGUGAGAGAGGCGCUGGUCCAGAAAGGAGAGGACUUCGUAGAUCGUCCCAGCAUACCGUUGUUUGAGGAAACAUUUGGGAAUAAAGGUCUGGUUGCAUCGAGUGGCAAUUCUUGGAAGCAGCAGAGGAGAUUUGCUCUUCAUACACUGAGAAACUUUGGGAUUGGCAAGAAGACCCUGGAGCCGUCCAUCCAGCAGGAGUGCCAUUAUCUCACUGAGGCCUUUGCCCUUCAUCAGGGCAAGCCUUUUAAUGCUCAGUCACUGAUAAACAGCGCUGUGUCCAACAUCAUCUGCUGCCUGGUGUUUGGAGAUCGCUUUGAGUACACCGACAAGCAGUACCAGGGUAUCCUUCAGGACUUCAGUGAGUUAGUGUACUUAGAGGGAACUGUGUGUGCACAGAUUUACAACACAUUUCCCUGGUUGAUGAAGUGGCUGCCUGGAUCUCACCAGACGAUAUUCACUCUGACACAUAAGCUGAUUGACUUCAUGGCAGUCAAGAUCAGAGAACACAGAGAAAGUCUCGACCCGUCCUCACCGAGAGACUACAUCGACUGCUUCCUCACAGAGAUGGGAGAGAAGGAGGACAAAGAUUCUGGUUUCGAUUUGAAGAAUUUGUGUAUUUGCACUCUGGACCUGUUUGGUGCUGGAACUGAAACGACCACCACUACUUUACACUGGGGGCUGUUAUACAUGAUCUACUACCCUCACAUACAAGAGAGAGUCCACGCAGAGAUAGACACUGUCAUUGGUUCAUCCAGACAACCUUCUAUGUCUGACAGAGAUGACAUGCCUUAUACUAAUGCAGUCAUCCAUGAAAUCCAGAGAAUGGCGAACAUCAUUCCCCUCAAUCUGGUCCACAAGGCGGGCAAGGACACCACGCUCGACAAGUACACAAUCCCGAAGGGCACCAUGAUCCUGCCCACACUCAACUCGGUUCUACAUGAUGAGUCGAUGUGGGAAACUCCACACACCUUCAACCCUCAACAUUUUCUGGACCAGGACGGCAAAUUUAGGAAGAGAGAAGCCUUCAUGCCUUUUUCAGCAGGGAAGCGCGUGUGUCUCGGGGAGCAGCUGGCCAGGAUGGAGUUAUUCCUCUUCUUCACCUCCGUCCUCCAGAGGUUUUCUCUCUCUGCACCUCCUGGAGAGCAGCCCACUCUGGAGUUCAAGUUAGGAGCCACUCGCUGUCCCAAACCUUACCGCCUCUGUGCCGUACCACGAUAAACCACCAGCUGUCCCGAACUGAACCAUCUGAACCGAAUCGCUGCGUUCCGCUACAUUUAUCUUGUAAUAUGUAAACAUCUGCUGUACUGUUCUCUUCCUUCUUUCAUCUAGUGUGAGAAAACCUAAGUUGCAUGUUGUCCUUUUCUCAAUCAAUGCGUCAUUUUAGAUUAUGAACACAAUCAUUUAAAAUUCAAAUAUGCAGUAAAUCCUGAAAACACUGGGAACUAUAUUCUCUACUCUUCUUCUCACUGCACAUCAGAUCUGUCAGAUUUGCUUAAACUUUAUUUGUGUGUAAAUAAACAACAGUGAGAUUUUA